UGGCAACCAUUCGCUCUGCAUAUUGCGAGAACUGCUUUCAGACCUGGUACUCUGCACUCUCACAGAACAGGGCAUGAAAGCUGAAUGACUUUGGAACCAGAAGCACACACUAGGACUGAAAAAGGAAUCUGAAACCUAACAAAGGAUUAAAGCCGAAGACACACACACAGAAGAAACUUGUUGGGCAGGAUUUUGUUUUUGUUUGUUUGUAGGGUGAGAGGUGUGUGUGUGAAGCGAUUUCUCUGUCAGUUAAGAAGAAAACACCUAUCUGACUGUCCAAAUGGGAAACUCAAGUUACCAACUUAUCGAGGACUGUGAAGCCUCAAACAAGGCACUGUACAAAUUUUAUGCAGCUGUCAUGAUUGUGAUUUUCAUCUUGGCUUUGCCUCUGAAUGCAUCAGUCCUUCACCUCUUCAUAUUCAAGCUGAAAUUCUGGAAAUCCAACACCAACAAUAUCUUCCUGUUCAACCUGGUGCUGGCCGACAUCCUGCUGCUCUUCUGUUUGCCCAUAAAGGCACACAACUUCAUCAACGGUGAGAGGAGGAGUGAGAACGACACAGUAUGCAAAGCCAUGCUCUUCAUGUUGUUUUUAAACCGAGGAGCGAGCAUCGCCUUCCUGACAGUGACAUCCAUCGAUCGAUAUUUUAACGUGGUGCAUCCUGGUCGAAAGAAUCUCCUGAGAGCUCUGAAGAAAUCUCCUCAGAUCUCUAUCCUCAUCUGGCUGCUUCUUCUGCCUCUCACCAUCCCCACCAUGCUCAAGAACUUCGACUGCUGCAACAGCCACAAGAACAGUAAAGAUGACACCUUGAUUAAGGACGUGGUGGACAGUUUGCGAGAAGCGGUCUUCUUCACCCAGAUUAUCAUCCCCUUCGUCAUCCUGGUCUACUGCACAGUGCGCAUCGUAAACCGGCUCAGAAAGAAGACAAUUGGGGAUACGACCAAGCUGAGGAGAGCUGUCUUCCUGGUGACCACCGUCAUGGUGGUGUUCUCCUUCUGCUUCCUCCCCUGCACCUUGGCCAGGGUGGUCCUGCUGAUCACUCGGGUCCAAGAUGCCAGCGAACAAAUCCAGGAUAAAGCUGCCGUGGCCUUUGACGGCCUCAUGGUCCUCUCGUACAUGGACUGUCUCCUGGAUCCGCUGGUCUACUGCUUCUGUAGCACAAAGUUUAAAGCUCUUUAUCUCUCCAAUUAUUUCCCGUUCUUGGUGAAAAACACUCAGCUGCCGGUGGAAAGCUCAACAGGAAACUCAUCGCAUCCUGGGCGCAAUCAUGUCAUUUGAAAUUCAUGGAAAACAGAAGCUGGAAGGCUGCUGUACAGACUCAAAGUGUGUCAAAAAAAAGUGUGUCUACCUACUUUAGGAAAGAGGACUCUGAAGGUAAAGAGCGCAAUGAAGACAAGAUGUACAAUAAUUAUUUAAGUUUCUAUUUUUUACUGAUUGCUUAAUGAAAAUAAAAAGAGCUACAUAUGUACAUAGAAGGGAUUGUUUUGGCUUUUUCAACACGUUCUGCGGCCCUGUAGAUUUUCUGUAGUGCCUCAACAACAUGGUGGAUUUUAUUUUGUCAAGGUUUUUCUUUUUCCAAGCUGAAUGCCCCUCAGCUAAAGAUUCCACAUGUGCUGUUCUGCUUGUCUUGGACGACAAACUAUGAAAAAUUCCUUCCAAGUGUUCAAGAGGCCAGAAAGGAGCAGGAAUCUUAUCUGUCAAAUCUCCCACAGUCAAACCAGCGAAACCAGGGUUUCAUGAAAGUCUUCAAAGCUUCUCAAAUACAUCUUCUCCCAAGCUCUACAUGGUGAGAAAUUGCAGACUAAGGGGAAUAAAAAGGGGAAACAGUACUGUCCAGAUUUGACAGAGAUAAUAGACCAUGACCAGUCCCCUAUUAUAUAAGACUUAAUCCUAAAGGCCCAAACAGGAAGCUGAUCAUUAGUGUUGUUUUAUUACUUAAUUGUAUAACUGUUAUUAUAUACAUAUUUUCUCUGCAGUGUAAUUUCUUUUGUGCUGUACUAAACUUACAGUAAACUGUCCCUCAUUCUGUCAGGGGCCUCUGGAGAUUUGGAGAUCUCACUAUGGCAACCAUUAAUCCAGUGCACAGAAUGACAAGCCUUCCCACGAAUGCCCGUUACAGAAUAAAUCAUGAGUCACGCCUGUAGCCAGCCUGGACAAACUUUAUCCAGAAGUAUUCACUGUGUGAAUCACCUGGUGUUCACUGUGUCGCUGCAAACACACAGCUUACUCAUUUAAUAAUCAACCAGCUGGGGUCUGGUUUCAAUUUCAUAUGAGCCGUACUCACCUGUGGACUAAAGAUUCAUCACGGCGUGUCACAGAAUAUGUCACUGUUUUGCAUUUGUCACAGUUUUGUCUGCAAUGGUGAAACACUGCAACAUCACAAUGACAUAAUGUGAUCCUAUAACUCUGACCAUAACAUAUUGUAACAUUUUUUUUGUUAGAAGUGUAAAUUAAAACAAAUGCUGAAGGUGUCAGAGCCUCAGCUCAUGAUGAAUAGGUUGUCUGCUGUCUGUAGGAAGGUAUGUCAUAUCAGGGAUUCACAUUCAGAGACUGACUGACUGUUUUAUAGCUCUAUAGUUUUACAGGCAGCACUAAAUACUCUGCCUUCUCUUUUAUGUGUUUUUACUCCUGCUGCGAUAUGUGAAUGUGUAAAUAUACACUGGUAUCUCUAAAUACAUUUCUGCUGACUGAUC